UAUUUUGAUAGGGUAGUUUUACACAGCUUGCUGUAGUUUCAUUUGUGAACGGUUCUCUAGUGUUGUAAGAUCGCUUACCUUGCGUGUUUGCUUACUCUAACGUUACCUGUUUGAAAUGUGCAUUCCAAAAAGAGCACAUCACAUUUCACCCCUCCAUCAAAAAGUUCGCCCUGCUUUGAGUCACGUGGUUUAAGAAAAUGGCUUCUUGAAACGAAUUUUGUCAAAUGUGUUGCUAAAAGUUGAAAUUAUAGUUACCUAAAACUGAAUGCGAGUGUUAAUAUUGGACUGAAGGGUUUGUAACUUCAAUCUCAGAAAUCGUUAUGCAUAAGUAACCGUUCUACUUAAAUUGUUUCAUGAUUCUCAGGAAGAUGGGUGUGCAGCAGAUCUCAACUGUCGUAACAUAAGAUAGCUUACAGUAGCUAGCUAACUAACAAAUCUGUCUCGAUUUAAGCACCAAAGUCAAUCGAACAACAUGCCUCCUCGGAAAAAGCGAGAGAACAGAGGCACGGAUGAUUGUCCCAGGAAACGACGACGAGCUCAGGAAGAGGGCAAUGUCGUCAUCUCAGACAGAGACGAGGAUGAAGACUUCAGACCGACAUCAUCAUCAUCAAGAGGGGAGCUCAAACGGGAGGAGAGUAGAACACGAUCAAACGAGAUGACAGAGGAGGAGAUGCUGGACCUGGCCAUGAGACUGAGUAAACAGGAGGCCAGCAGCGCUGCUCUCCGGCAACGACAGGAGGAAGAGGCCGUGAGGAAGGCCAUCGCUGAAAGCCUCUACGCAGACAGCCCUACUCAUCCCCACUCAGAAUCUUCGCUCGGGUCAGGGAGCCCUACACAACAAUGUCAAAAUUCUCCUCCAGAGGGAGAGAGCAGCAUACAGCCACCCAGGUGUAAACUCUCCUACCCUAACCAUGAUGUGGCUGACAGGGAAGGAGCCCGCGGUGGAGGUGUUCAUGUAGGGAUGGCUCCCUCAGACAGGCGGGGGAAGAAGGAGGGAAGCCCAUUACUAGAUAUGCCUGACCUGUCUCAGACCCAGAAGGUCUACUCCCAGUCCUCCCCCCUCAGCCAAGCUUCCACCUCAGUGCCUCUCCCAUCCUCACAGGAAGAGGGGUCUUCUAAGAGGAACCUUUUCAGAGACCGCUCAGCCAAGGCAAUUGAAUCUCAGGACUACAACAACUCCACAAAGAGUGACUCCCAGUCCCAACUCAGGAUCAAGUCCCCUGGUUUCCCUUCCACUACGGCUCCCCAAGCCAACAAACCUGUCCUAUGCCUGGAGAAGCUUAGCCAGGACCUCCUAGUAGACUGUCAGGCCUCUGGGUUCCUACUAAAGGGUCAUCCCAGCUUAACACUUCCCACAAAGUCCCAGAAAUCUCAAUCUUAUCAGCCCAAGAGCCCCACAUUCUCCAAUACCCCUGUGUUUUCCAAAACAGAGAGAGGUGUGGAACCAGGCCAAAGUAGUCCCUCCUUUCCUAAAAGCGCCAUGUUCUCUAAUUGUGAUUCAGGAGAGGAAGAAAAAGAGGCCAGUCCCACCAUUCCUAAAAGCCUGGUCUUUUUCAAGACUGAUAGGGGAAAGGCAGAGGAACAAGGGAGUCCAACUUCUCCUAAAAGCACCAUGUUCUCUCAGACUGAAAGAGGACCAGAAGAGAAAGAGACCUUCUCUGGAAGUCCAGUCUUUCCCAGAACUGAUCAGAUAAGGGACCAGGGUCCACAGAGCUGUGUUGAAAGUGUCUCUGCAACAGGAGACUAUGAGGAUGGAGACAGAGAUGAUGCUGUGAAGAGCAGGGAUGCCUCCGAGUGCCUUCCACCAUGCCCCAGAACAACCCUGUCCCUGAACAAGAGAUUUGUGCCUAUAAGGAAGACUGCUGGAGUUUCAGACAAAGUUGUUGACCAAGAGGAACGCGAGGGUGAAUCCUCGCAGAGAACUGUAAACAGGAUUAGCAUGCCUGCAAAGUUAGCUGCAGAAGAAGACCUUAAUUCAGAGGAACUUACAUUGGCUUUGGAGACUCAGCCAAUGCAGGAGUUAACCAGUAAUAUGGCGCUACGCUGGUCAGAUGAUGACGAAGAGGAAAAUGCUCCUGAAAAGUCAGCUCACUCGCCCAGCCCAGUCUUCCCACAGGAGAAUGACCUCCCUCAGCCAAGCAACCAGGGUCUCUCCCCAAACACCCACGACCACCGUUCCCCCCAACACAGACACAGCCCCUGCCUCGUCCCCAAGAAACGCACUCACAACUUCGAAGGCGCUGCGUGCGAGGAGGGGGAGAGCCAGUCCAAGUGCAUCCGGAAGAAGUUCACCUUCAAGGGCAUGUAUGGAGCCCCCUCUCCCUCUCUUCUCAGACAGGCUGCAGGUAGGAGCCAGGAUGAGGCCAAAGGCGGAAGCACCUCUUCCCACCAGCCCCUGGCCUCCUCCAGCCACCUCUCUCCCCCCACAGACGGCCAGGGUUAUGGGGGAGUGGUGCGCUACUAUUGGGGUGUGCCUUUCUGUCCACGGGGGCAGAACCCAGACGCCUACACACAGGUGAUCCUGUCCCAGCUGGAGGUGUAUGAGAAAUGCCUGAAGGAGGCCCAGAGGGGUCUGCUGAGGAAGGCAGGCUGGGGGGAGCCAGUCCUCCCUGUGCCCCCAGAGAAACCCUUCUCCAGGAGGGGACGCCUCGAGAGACGCAGGGCCCCACGACUCCUGGAAGAAGAGGAGAGAGGGGGAAAACGUCAGGAAGAGCUAGUGGAUGUGGUAGAAGAUGAUGAUGAUGAAGAGGAGGGAGAGAAGAGGGCGAGACAGCUGUCACGGUGGGGGGUGGAAGGGGGAGGGAAGAGAGGAAGGCAGGAGUGGAAGGACUGCCAGGAUCUGUUUGUGUCCUCUCCUGAACAAGAGGAAAAAUCUCCCUCCCCUGUAUUUCAUGCAGAUACCAGUCAGCUAAUUCUACUUCAACGGAGACUUGGCCUUAGAAGAAAAGAGAAAAGAGUAGCAGAAAAACAACCACCUGACUUACUGGAGGAGAGGGAGGAAGAUGAGAAUGAAGAAAAGAUGGAUGAUAAAGAGGGUGGAGAGAAGAGGGAGGAGGAAGAAGUGGAUGUCAGAGGCUUACAAGUUCCAGAGACCCAACUCAGUGACGACAGCACUCAAGACCUCAUGGUCACCAGCCCUGCACAGCCCCAGCCAGAGAGCCAGUCCCUGCCUCAGAUCCAGACCUUUCUUUCAUCACCCCGUCCUCUGGAACAGUGUGAAGAGGGGAUGUUGGUGGUUGGAGAGGAGGAGGGGCGGAGGAGUAGCCCUGUGGGGAUCCCUGCUGUAGGAGAGGAUGUUCGGAUGGAGGAGGAUAUCCCAGAGCCUGCCUUCCCUCGGAGCCCCAACAUGGACUGUCCCAUGUGCAUGCGUCUCUUCCCCCUGACGGAGAUUGAGAUGCACGCUGCCUACUGUGACGGUACCACCGGUAUCAUGGAGGAGGAAAUGGCAGAGGAGAGCCACUCGCAGGUUUCAGUCAAGGCUCGUAGGAAGAGGACCAGAAGGGGUGAGAACAUUGGAGAGGAGCAGCCCAGCUCUUCUGGCUCUGGCAAGGUGGUACAGGAAGAGAAGUGCUUCCUGUGUCAGCAACUAUUUCCUCUCAAGUACCACGAGAAGCAUGUAGAGGACUGCAUCAAGAACAAAGAGUUCUCCAAGGCUGCAUCCAGAGACGGUCAGAGUGGAGACUUGCUGAGUGCUCUGGACCAGACAGAGCAUAUAUAUUCAGGGACUGCUGAGGCCAAACCAUGUGAUACUACCGUCAAUAACCAACAAAGUGGCCUGAUUGAUGAUCUGGACACAGCAGAAUCUGGGGGAAGAGGAGACUUCAGCGCCCCAGGUUUCAGAGGGAAAGUGUCUCCCAGCCUUUCCGUCUCUGAGUAGGACGAGGACCUAGGAGAGGUGUAGAAAGACCUGAAUAAAUUACUGGGCAAAGACACCAAACGUCUCCUCCUAAGAUGCUUCCCACCUUUGUGAGGACCACACCUAAUGGAACAGUUAGGAGUGGAGGAUCAGCAGCAUAAAAGCUGUUUACACCAUCCAUGAGGAGGUUGAUACGUCUGGAAAGAGUGUCUGCAGCCUUUCCGUCGCUCUGUGGAGAAGCUGCGGGACGUGUCGUCUCGCCUCAGGAAGGACCUGAUCAUAAGGCGGGACAAACACACAAACCGCCGAGCGGCAGUCAAGAUGCUGCCCACUUUUGUGAGGUCUACACCUGGUGGUACAGGAAAAUACCACAGGCACUAUCUGAUGUGUGGAGACAUUUCACUGCAGCUAAUGUAGAAGGA